AUGUAUAAUACAAGUUGUGCUUCAACUUCGACAUUACUCGAUAACUCAUUUGAGCAAAAUUUGGAAACUGAUAGUCUAGAAAGUAGCGAUAUAUUGGAAUUAGAGACCAGCAUUAAUUCUUUAGAGCUAAUAGAACCACCAACUAAAAAAAAGGAAUGCCGUGGAAAAAUAAAUUUUAUAACAGCAAAAUUGACCGGAGCGUUAGAUAGAUGUCAAUUAAGUAUUCGAGAUUCUGUAUAUGUUCUCCAGGCUACUUUAGAAGCUUUAAAUUUUAAUACAGACGAUUACGUAAUAAACCAGACUUCUAUACACAGAGCUCGAGAAUCAUACCGUUGCGAGCGUGGUGAACUAAUAAAAUUACAAUUUAAGAAAUCACUACCUAGUACCUAA